CUCCAUCCCCUUUCCUCUCGUGCUGUGGCCACGAAGUGGCUGUCACAAGACCAGGAGCUGAGAAUGCCCCAGGCUCUGGAGCAAGCAGACGGCAGAUGGGCCUGGGUGGUCCUGCUGGCCUCCCUGGUGACCCAGGCCCUCACCGUGAGCUUCCCUUCCUGCAUCGGCGUCUUCUUCACUGAUCUGCAGCGUGACUUCCAGGCCACCAACAGUGAGACCUCAUGGUUUCCCUCUGUCAUGGGGGCCAUGCUCCAUGGUGGGGGACCCCUGUGCAGCGUCCUCAUAAAACAUUUUGGCUGCCGAGUGACCAUGAUGCUGGGUGGCAUGCUGUCCAGCCUGGGUAUGGUGGUCAGCUCCUUCUCUGCCUCACUCAGCCAGCUCUUCCUUACUGCAGGACUCAUCACGGGCCUGGGCAUGUGUUUCAGCUUCCAGUCAAGCAUCACGGUCCUGGGCUUCUAUUUUGUUCGCCGUCGACCACUAGCCAAUGCACUGGCCUCCAUAGGAAUCUCUAUAGGCGUCACUCUCUGGCCACUGCUGGCCCGGUAUCUUCUGGAAACCCUGGGCUGGAGAGGAGCCUUCCUCAUCUUCGGUGGGAUCUUUCUCCACUGUUGUGCAUGUGGAGCCCUCCUGAGGCCUGUUGCUACCAACGUGGUCCCUGAGCCCAAAGAAGAUCUCCUUCUACCUCCCAAGACACCUACACGCAGCUGCCUGGCGACAUGUGUCUCAACCAUCCAGUACCACCUGGCCUUUGACAUCCUUCGGCACAAUGUGGGCUUCUGCAUCUAUGUGACGGGUGUGGCGUGGAUGAUGCUGGGCUUCCCUCUGCCACAUAUCUUCCUGGUACCAUACGCCUUGCACCAAGGGGUGGAUGAGUACUGGGCAGCCAUGCUCAUGUCUGUCAUCGGCUUCUGCAACAUCUUCUUACGGCCGGUGGCAGGGCUGUUGGCGGGCAGGAAGAGCUUGGCAGCCUACCGGAUAUAUCUGUUUGCCACGGCAAUUCUUGUCAAUGGGCUCACCAAUCUAUUGUGCACGGUGUUAGCGGACUUCUCGGGGCUCUUGAGCUAUUGCUUGGUGUACAGCCUGUCCACAUGUGGUGUCGGGACCCUCCUCUUCCAGGUCCUCAUGGACAUUGUCCCGAUGGAUCGGUUCCCCAGUGCCCUGGGCCUCUUGACUGUCCUCUGUGGUGUGGUAUCUCUCAUCUCCCCUCCACUAGCUGGACUCCUGCUGGACAUGACCAACAACUUCAACUAUAUUUUCUAUGUGUCAAGCUUCUUGCUCAUCUCGGCCUCCCUCUUCAUAGGAGGGGGCUUCUAUGCUGUGCAUAAGAAGAAGCUGAAGCAAAAUGGACAAGCCAAGGUGGAAGAUGCCAUCUCAGAGACUACCCCGAUGCAGGGUCUUACCUCAGAAGACAAGGCCAGCACCAAGAAGCAACUAUGCACUGAAAACAUAUGUGUGACCACUGUCUGAACUCCAGAGGUCCCAUGUGACCUGCCUCCAAGCUGGGAAGUCCCCGAGGGACUGUCCUUCCAGAAAGCAGAGUGUAGAAAUGGGUCCUUGGGUCCCAAGAAGAUGGAUGUGAGCCCUGCUUGAAGCAGUCUUGGCUAGCUACCCUGCGCUGGCUUCUCCCAGCUGCUCCUACAACCCAACACACGGUGCAUCUUCCCACCCAACCUUCCCACGACGAUUGUCCUUCUUAGCCUCCAGACAAUUCUGAAAAUUUUCAAAGAUUCCAAGAACUUCCUCUUCUCUCUUUUCAAAUAAUCAGCCCUGGCCCCUUAGGUGAGGAGGG